AAUAUAGUGGGAAAACAAGGACGCGUAUACGUUUCACAGACACGCGGCAGCACGAAGGGGUGUGGGAGAAGCGGGGUACGUGGACAAGAACGGUGGGCGGGACCUAGAGUUUGACGGCGCUAAUACGAUUGGUUGUUGCAUUUCAGCCAAUAGAAACGCAGCCGCUUUAGCUAUAAGAAUGGCGUUCGGCGACCGGCACUCAUUAUUUCAGUUUAGUUCGGCAAAGUUGAUAGAAGCGCAAAAUGAGUGGAAGAGGCAAAACCGGUGGUAAAGCUAGGGCUAAAGCCAAGACUCGCUCCUCCCGCGCCGGGCUGCAGUUCCCUGUGGGCCGUGUUCACAGGCUUCUUCGUAAAGGUAACUAUGCCGAGCGUGUCGGCGCUGGCGCUCCCGUCUAUUUGGCCGCCGUGCUGGAGUAUCUGACUGCUGAGAUCCUCGAGUUGGCUGGUAACGCCGCUCGCGACAACAAGAAGACUCGUAUCAUUCCUCGUCAUCUACAGCUGGCCGUUCGUAACGACGAGGAGCUCAACAAACUGCUCGGAGGAGUCACUAUCGCUCAGGGUGGAGUUCUGCCCAACAUUCAAGCCGUGCUGCUGCCCAAGAAGACCGAAAAGGCGGUCAAGACCAAGUAAACUGGUUUUCUUUUUCCCUGA